AAGAACGCUUUUCUCACCCUGUUCUCUAUUUUUUUCUCCAUGGUUACAUAACCCGUGAGCAACAAGCUUCUGUUCCUUCGACGACAAGUUACAGUCACAGUCCAGUAUUUGCAAACAUUAACAAUCUCUUAGCCUCUACGAAAAUGUCAAAUAAGAACCCAUCAUUGACCCGAAACUCAAAGCCACCAGAUCUUGAACUCUACUUGAAAGGAGUCCCGUUUCAUCUUCACAAAGAAACUUUGGCUAAGAAGUCUGCUAAAGUGACAACAUUACUCGAGUGUAACAAGAUCGAUGAACUGCGCUGGAUCCUCAGAGACAUCGACGUGGACCCGACAGCGUUCUUCCUCGUGGUUAGCUUCUGCUAUGGCUACAAGAUCCAUUUAUCAUCUGAAAACAUAGUCUCUGUUCUCUGCACUGCUUAUUCCCUAGAGAUGAACGAUGAUCACAGCUCUAAUAACUUGUUGAACAAGGCAGCAACAUUCUUGGAACAACGAGUUCUUAUAAGCUGGAAAGAGACUGUGAAAGCUCUUGCUGUCUGCAGCGACAAGAUUCUUGACAAGAUAGCUGAUGUUGGACUCACUGAAGUCUUCUUAGAUUCCCUUCUCGAAAAGGCUCUCAAAGAUCCUAUAUUGCUUGAUGAUCUUACCACGUUACCUCUUAGGUUAUAUGAACCAUUGAUCCAGGAAUCUAGUAAGCACAAUGUCUCUGUAGAAAACCUCGUGGCAUCGGUCUGCAAUUACGCGAAAAGAUAUGUUUUCGAGAGAGAUUCUGGAGAUGAAAGCGUUGCGAGAAACAAGAGGCAAGUUCUUGAAGCUGUUGAGAGGCUUUUGCCUCACCAAAGAGGAGCUAUCUCCUGUGGAUUCUUGUUCAAAUCUCUUAAAGAAUCGAUGUUUUUCGAUGCUUCCUCUGAUUGUCGAAAAGGGUUUGAAGUUAGGAUAAGCAGACAGCUCGACAUGGCUACAUCAAAAGAUCUUCUGAUUCUAUUACCAAGCAAAGUGGGAGUGGGAGCUUAUGACAUCAACCUCUUGAAAACCAUUCUCAAGAGCUUUUACAGUAACUACAGCGUCUCUGACGUUUCAAGGUUCGUGAGUGUAGCGAGAAUGCUCGAAGAGUUUCUAUUGGAGGCGGCAGCGAGUGAUGCUUGUUUAAGUGUGGAAACGUUCAAGGCGUUAGGAGAAAUAACAGUUGCUGCGUCUUGUGAUGUUUUGAGAUACUCAGACGAAAUCUACAGAGCGGUUAAUGUGUUCUUGGAGAGGCAUAGAGAUCUGACUGAAACUGAGAAGAUGGAUGCUUGUAGAGUUCUUAACUGUAAGAAGCUUUCACCAGAGGCUUCUGAACAUGCUUCGAAGAAUGAGAAGCUUCCGUUGAGAAUCGUUGUGAAAGUUUUGUUCUUUGCUCAGAAGCAGAUUCAGGAUAAGGUGGCUAGAGAUAUGAAAAGUGUAGAGGAGAAAGAUGAUGCUGACAUUGAGGAUAUGAAUACGAAGUUGCUGAGGCUUGACAUUGAAUCUGAUUACAAGAAGGACAGAGAGAUUGAGAAUGUUGAAUGUGUUGUUCAUUGCGUGAAGAACAAGCUGGAAGAGAAGAAGAUAAGUGUGUGGAGAGAAGUGAAGAGGAAGUUUGGUUGUAUGACUUCUUUGACAGUGGAUGCUUGCAAUUGCCACAUCAAGAAGAGGAAGAAGACUUAUCAUCACUACAAAUAACAACCUCACUCUCUGUUCGUGUUCUGUUAUAAUUUUACUUUUGUUCUGUUCUUUCUCUGUUUUGGCAAAUCCUCUGUCUCUGACUUUUGCUCUAUUUAAGACUUUUUCUCUAUCUUGGCUGUCUCUGUAUGCUGAAACUAUGUACUAGUGUUCGAUCCGGUAAAAUCGAACCAAUUACAACUUGACCAAAAUAAAAAAGUGGUAUGGAUUUGGUAAAUAUCAUAUAAACCUAAUGAAUAAUGUUAUCUUUAAGGAUCAUAUAUGAAUAUGAUUAAUAUAUAAACCGAAACCUGAUAGUAUAUAAACCAAUUCGAUAUGAUCAUGAUAGCUAACUCCUAUAAACCAAAAUACCGAAAAUAAAAAAAAAGAAUGAAAUCCGGAUUGAAAAACCUUAGAUAAAAUCAAGUUAGAAUGUGGUACAUAAAUAGAAAAAUAUUGAAUAGACAAACACACAUGACACAUUUGUAAAAAAAAAAAAACUAAAAA